AGUCGUGUUAGAUAGUUGUGCCCUUGGGGGCAUUUUAGUAAUUUGUCAUUACUGUAAUACUACUAGUACGUCGUCGUUUUUAAAAUUGGCGGGACCGCUUUAUUUUAUUUCUCCCAUUUGAGCUCCUCUGCAAAGAGUGCUGCGCACGACGUAUUUCCCGGUCUCUAACCUCUCCAAUCAAUGCCUCCCAAAUCCGAUAGCAGUGAAGGAAUCGUGCUCAACUACGUGAAUGAGCAGAAUAGGCCGUUGAAUUCACAAAAUGUCGCCGAUUCCUUGCAAAAAUUCAAUCUAAAAAAGGCUGCAGUACAGAAAGCAUUGGAUAGCCUUGCUGACAGUGGGAAAAUAUCAUUCAAGGAAUAUGGCAAGCAAAAACUAUACCUGGCCAGACAAGAUCAGUUCGACAUUCCAAAUAAUGAAGAGCUGAAUCAGAUGAAGGAAGAUAAUGCUAAACUGCAAGAGCAGCUCAAUGAGCAAAAGAAAGCUAUUGGUGAUGUUGAAGGAGAGAUUAAAGCACUGCAGUCAAACUUAACCCUGGAAGAGAUACAAGCCAGACAAACCAAAUUGGCAAAGGAUACCGAACAGAUGGAGGAAAAAUUGAUCAAAUUGAGGCAAGGGGUUACUCUUGUGACCCCUGAAGAGCGGCAGGCAGUGGAGAAAGUUUAUGUGGAUAUGGUAACUCAGUGGAGAAGACGAAAGAGGAUGUUCAAAGAAAUUUGGGAUGCAAUAACCGAAAACUCCCCAAAGAAUCUAAAUGAAUUCAAGGAGGAACUUGGUAUUGAGUACGACGAAGAGGUCGGUGUAAGCUUGCAAUCUUACAGCGACCUGGUUCAAAAUGGAAAGAAGAAGCCCAGGAUCAAGUAAGCCUUUUUAACAAGAUUCCAACAAUAAACAUGUUUCAAGACUUACAAUCUAAUCACUUUAAGCUAAUAGUUAUUGCCAUUUCUUUGUUAUUAUAUGUUCUUCCCUGGCUUCAAUCAAAUGCAAAACAUCUUUCAUACUUCA